UGUUAAAGGAGCAGCCCGUUUUUUUCAUCUUUCCUAACUUUUCGAGACUUCCAAAUCAUAAUUUUUUGUCUCUUGUAAACUGCGUGAGUGACAACGAACAUCAGAUUCUGACAACCGGGAAAGAUGUUGAGCGCCAGCGACCAUUUUACCUUUAAUGCGUGUAGAGAAAGAUGAAGUAAAUACUUGGAGGAUUUUAACCGAGGCAAGAUGCAGAAACAAGACGGGCAGUUAGCUAGCCGCUGCGCUCGGUGGUAAGCGCGAUAAAAUACGAAUGUUUCGGGUACAUUUCAACGCGGAAAAGUUCACGUUAUGGUCGAUUUUCUUCGCUAUCAAAGUUUUGUGUUUGUAUGCUGGCUGCGGUCACGACGUGACACUGCACGCCGGAGUCACGGAGAACAGAGUUGGACAUUUUUGUUAUAACGGUACCUCUGCGGGUACAUCAUGGUACACACCAACACCUCUUUACUCAGGGAAAUAUGGCAACUUUUGCAAUCCAAUGCCUCAAUACCAGGGAGGAAGGUCAGCUGGCAUGACGAUGCUCACGAUUAACGGUAAAAUGGACAACGGGCCCCUGUCUGUUUAUGGAUAUAGCCCAUCGUCGUCUUCGGCUCCCGCAGGGCCGUGGGGACACUCUUUUUACUCCUCCUUCACCUACAUGUCAAACUUGUUGCACCUCAGAAAGAGCAGAAGCACACUCAUCCGACACAGCCCACCUCAGCCACCUCCUCAGGUGCAGAGUGUGAUACCUCCAUCUUCAUUUGGGGUUAAAUUUGACAAGUGUGCUCAGGUGAAGCUCGGCACUGAUCCCCCUCAGUUGACGUUCUUCCUGCUGAUCCACAAUCUGGGCCCCCUGAGUGGGACCAACCUUUCUCAGGUGGCCGUACGAGACUCCAUAUCUGGGAUAGUGCCCAUCAGAACCGAGGGCAGGGUCAUCGAAAGAGGCUACCAGACGUUUGCUAUUGAUUCACUGCUGGCCGGAUCUCAUGUUGUUGUUAAUUAUACUGCUCACGUAAGGAGUCACAACAAUAAGUUCCUUGAUCUUCCUGCUUUCCUGACCUUCUCUAAUGCAUCACAGAAUGAUGUCAGCAUGUUUGGGCCACUAAGAGCCAAUCUGACAUUGAAGGUAAAUUCCACUGAUAGGAUUUAUCCCAAUCACGGAGUCCAUUUUGCUGGAUUUGUUGCUGGUUUCUUUGUCACUUUGGUGCUGUUGUUGCUGGGGGUUCUCGCCCUAAAAUUCACAAGUCCCAGACCAAGAUUUUGCCUUCUUCAGCAAAGGAGGAUCAGAUGUGAUACGGACCCUGAAUAUGCAGAGUCCAGCAUGAGUGAGACAAUCAAAGAUGAGGCUGCAUUUGAAGACAAGAUGGUGGACGUCAUGGUGCUGGAGGAUCCACAGAACAUGUACCAGGGUUUGGAUAACAUUGAAAUGUCGUCACUUCUACAAGCCUCCGCUAACCUGGAGGCCACCCGGAUUCAGAUUUACAAAGACGUGAUGUCCUGCUUGCUCGCGGGCCUGCGAUCACAGGGCCAUGUCAGCGCCCAGGCCCAGCAGAGGCUGCUAAGUGUGGUCCAUGGGCAGCUGCUGGGAAUGGAGGGGCGCCUGAAGGAGGAACGAGGGGCUCGCAUGGCUGCUUUGGCUGGUCAGUGUAACCUCGAAACGCAUGAAGAGAUGGAAGCAGAGCAUCGAAGACAAGCAGCGGAAAAGGCCCAGGCCGAGCGGCUUUGUCAGCAUGCAGCACAUCAGGAGCUUCUCCAGUGCAGCAUCCUCCUGGAGAAGCUGCACAAGUUGAGCCAGAGUCACCUCCGCCGCGUCCUCUUGGUCCGGCAUGAAGAUGCUUCAGCAAAGGUCCAGAGAGAGAUCAUCGAGUGGCGGCGGGUGGAGCUGCACAAGAUCUUCUCAGAAGAACUAGAGGAGGCCACAAGGAUGGGCGAGUUAGAGAAGAGCACAGCAAAGAGUCUUCAACAUGAGUACUUUACUUGUCAGGAUCAGCUGGAAGAAGUGCUGGAUGUAGUUGUUGCCAAUCAGCGGUAUGUCCUGGCUGAACGCAGCGCUCAGAGGAAGUUCCUGGUCCACAGCCUCCACAGCCUCGAUGGCCUGAUCUCCGACACUUUCUCCAGCACCUCGAGUAACUUGGAGAGCUGGUUCACCCUCAUCAGGAGGGGGAGUAUUGUAGCUUCAGAGCAGCUGGAUCAGCUGGAAGAAAAGGCCCAGAAGGAGCUUGUUAUGUUGAGGCAAAGACUGGAUGAGACACUGAACCAAGAAAAGGGCUCUAUGCGCUGCGGACUGAUUAACAAGAGGAGAGAGCUCAUCUCAAACAUGUUGAGGGUCCACAAGCAGAGACAGAGGGAUUUAUCCAGCAUUACCAAAAGUCUGGAAGAGAAGAUAGAUGUAGCACACCAUCUGCAGUGUUGGCAGAACUUACUGACAACUCACAGCUUGGAGCUCGCUGAGCUCAUCAACAAUCUGGAUGAAGAGGGUGCUGCCGACAUCCGCAAGGUAACAAUGCGAGGAAUCCAGGGUGUGAUAGCUGAUGUUAAAGCCAUCCAGCCUUCUGUGUCACAGGCCGUGCUGGCACUCUUGCCGCCAGGCGCUAAACACCCCAUGCUGCAGGUGGAACCAGAUGUGGGGUCAGGGCAGGGUGCAGGGCGAGGGGCCACUGCUCUACUGCAGGGCCAGGAAAGGCUACAUCAAGACGGCAAGGCAGCACUGCGCACCCUCAGCUGCACCAGGGAGUCUCUGCAGAAAGGCAUGGAGCAAGAGCUGCGGGAACAGAAGGAGCUCAGGGCUCACUGGAGAGAUUUCUUUAGGUGUCUUUGUUCAUCUCAGGUGACCCUGUCUGAGGAUGACAGGCUGAGGAUGAAGCUAGAGUUUCAGAAGAGUCUGUCUGUAAUAGACUGCUGUCUGGUGCUUCCUCACGCUGUCUCCAGAACUAAACUCCAUGCUGCUUUGACUACCUGGAGAGCAAAAAGUCAAGAGGAGAUGGAAAAUAUGCAGUCCAAGGGGAAAACCACUGAGGCCAGAAAGAAAACAGACAUCUCAGAGGUGGUGUGUUUCCAAAAGAGGCUCCAGGACAGGAGUAAACUGUUUGAGAAAGAGCGGGAGAUGGAGAACAGUGUUAUGAAUAAGGUAAUGGAGGAGAUGCAGAGAGAGAGGAAGGACUAUCUGCUAUGUCAGGCAGACAAGCUGGCUAUGCAGAUGGCUACAAUCAUCUUUCAGAAGGCUGAGAGGUGGACCAAAGUGUUGGAGACAUCCAAGGCCAUGGUCACCCUGCAGAACCUGCUCAUUCAACAGCUCUGGGAGAGACAAAUCCCAGAACUACAGCAUAUGGCUCAGAGUAUACACAGCCACUGCUUGGGCCUAGAAGAAGCAGAACAACAGCUUCAGUCGGAGAGGACAGAACUGGACAGGUUACAAGUAUUUCAGCGGGGAGUACUGUUGCAUAAAAUCCAGAAAGAGGGCUUUGAGGCAGAAGAGGCCAGUGAAAAAGACCAUGUGUUUGAGCUCCAGCCAGAUUGCAGCAUGACCUCCAUUCUCCAAGAGGCACUUCACAAGUGUGAACAGGUCAUUGCCCUUACCUUUGAAAGGUUUCAAGAGAUUACCACCAGCAAACAAGUCAAGGAAGAAUUCAAAGAACAAAUCAAGCUCAAAAGACUUUAUUUGAACUGUGAUCAGGAUCUGGAGUUUGCCUCUCAGCUGGUGAAGCAGAGUCACGUCUCUGACGAUGUUCUCUUGGAGGCUCUGCGUCUCCUUCUCCCAAGUCUGCCUGAAAGUGAACUUCUUUCGAUCAGCGACGCCCUCUGCCGCAGACAUCCUGUUUCAGCUUCUGCAGAGCAUGAGCGCUUCGGAUGUGCUGGGGAGCAGAACAGAGCCAUUCCUGUCAGACUGAGGGAAAUUGUGGUGCGGAAAAACAUUACAAAUAUGCCAAACGGCGCCAUGGAAAGAGAGAGAUCUCUCAGGCUUCAGGAAAAGAGGCAGAGUGUUUUGAAAAAACUGCUCCCCAGAUCCCAUCUCCUGCUUCCAAGUGAUGCGGGACCAUUUCUAGUAGAGAGUAGAGGAAAGCAGGACGUUUUCACAAAAGCACAGCAGCCUGUGGAUGCUAUAAGGGAGGCAGUGCAUGGCCCUGCAGAGGAAAACAUGACCUCGGCCUCUGCCUGCAGUGCACCGGGCAGCCCCGCCACCAGAGAGCGCCUGUUUGUGUUUCGGAAUCCACCUGAAUCUAAUAACACUGCAGUUGUCCCGAAAAGGAAAAAGAAGAGGAAUUUUCUUAAUUUCAAGAAAGGCUCGGUUGCUCCUACAACCUGAGGCUCACAUACAAUGUCUUUUUACAAUGUUUUUAUUAUGUUGUAAAUAUAUGAUCAUAAGAAAAUCAAAUGAAUUGAGUUUUACUUUGGAGCUAAAACAGCAUAUUUUUCUACUUUUUAACAUGCAUGUAGCAUCUGGCUUUGUUUCAAUUAAAGGCAACCGACUUCUUA